GCUGUCAGCUGCCUUGUCACCUGACUGCCUCUAAAGCAGGAAGUUGAGCUAGCAAGCAAUCGGCUAAUUGGACUAGCAAAAGGCAAAAUGAAACUGUCUGCGUGAGAAAGAAUUCACGAAAUUACUUCGCCUCAUUGUAACGGGUGAAUGAGGACAUGAACGAGAAGUGGCUUUCAACCGAGCCCCCUUUGUUUGUACCCGGCAACUUGAAAUGAAGGCGCUUCGGGAACGGCUAGCGCUUUUUGCGUGCGUUUGGAGUUUGCACGUUCUGGAGGCACGCUGCGAACCAUCUGGAGAAGAGUCACAGCAGUAUGGCUUUCAAACGUAUAGCUUAAAUGGAAAAUGGAUGCUUUACAACUCCAACAGUUCAUUGUCGCUCGUUGCAGAUGUGCCCGGUUGUGUGCAUACAGCGUUACUGAAACAGGGAUUUAUUCAGGACCCGUACUACAGGUUCAAUGACUUAGCCUACAGGUGGAUCUCACUUGACAACUGGACAUACACGACCACCUUCUCAGUGCCAGCUGAGAUCAAAAACAAACAGAAGGUCAGUCUGGUGCUCGAGGGCGUGGACACAGUCUCCGUCAUCUCCCUCAACGGAGCUGCUGUGGGGAAGACGGACAACAUGUUCCGCAGAUAUGACUUUGAGGUGGGCAGUUUGCUGAGGGACCAUGGGAACGUUCUCACGGUCGGUCUCACGUCAGCCCUGUUGUACGCGGCGGAGCGCAGCCAGGCUCACACCUCCUACCCCGUCCCCCCCGACUGCCCCCCACCCGUGCAGAAGGGCGAGUGCCACGUCAACUUCAUCAGGAAGGCCCAGAACUCUUUCAGCUGGGACUGGGGUCCGUCGUUCCCGUCGCUGGGGCUCUGGAGGGGCGUGCGUUUGGAGGCUUACGACGCACUGCGGCUGCUGUAUCUCACCGCCACACCGGCGCGAGACGCAGGUCUCUCCCAGUGGAGCGUGGAGGUGGAGCUCUUCUUUGAUGCGGUGGAAGCAGCUGUGGGGUCCGUGACUCUGUCCCUUCCUGAAUUAGCCACACAGCAAGCGUUCCAGGCCUCCCUGCCACCUGGACAGAGCAGGAACCCAUUUGUCCUCCAUGUCAACAAGAGUGCUCAGGUGGACCUGUGGUGGCCCAAUGGACAGGGCAAGCAGAACCGGUACCACCUGAAUGUGCAGGUGGCAUUGGAUGGAGGGCACACCAUUGAUACUCACUCCCUGGUGUUUUUCCGCACGGUUGAGCUGGUUCAGGAGCCUAUCGAGGGGUCCCCAGGCCUGAGCUUCUAUUUCCGCAUCAAUGGGAGACCCGUCUUCCUCAAGGGAUCCAACUGGAUCCCAGCCCAUUCCUUCCAGGACCAGGUCACCGUUGACAUACUGAAGAAUCUUCUGCAGUCAGCUGCGGAUGCUAACAUGAACACGCUGAGAGUCUGGGGGGGAGGAGUCUAUGAGCAGGAAGACUUUUACAGCCUUUGUGAUGACCUGGGAAUAAUGAUCUGGCAGGACUUCAUGUUUGCCUGCGCCCUGUACCCGACAGAGUCAGAGUUCCUCCAGGCGGUGAGAGAGGAGGUCACUCACCAGGUGAGGCGGCUGAAGUCCCACCCCUCCGUCAUCGUGUGGAGCGGGAACAAUGAGAACGAGGCCGCCAUCGCCACCGACUGGUUCAGCAUCCCCGCCUCCCGGCGGCCGCAGUACCUGCGGGACUACGUCACCCUUUAUGUGGACAACAUCAGGGAGAUUGUUCAGAAGGAGGAUAGGAGUCGCCCGUUCCUCACCUCCAGCCCCACCAAUGGGGCCGAGUCCCAGCAGGAGGGCUGGGUGGCCCAGGACCCCUACGACCCCCACUUUGGGGACACCCACUUCUACAACUACCUGCAGGACUGCUGGGACUGGAGGGGGUUCCCUCGCACCCGCUUUGCUUCCGAAUAUGGCUUCCAGUCCUGGCCCUCCUUCUCCACCCUGCAGCAGGUCUCUGUGGCUGAAGACUGGAGCUACCAGAGUAACUUCACCUCUCACCGGCAGCAUCACAACACGGGAAACCAGCAGAUUCUGGAGCAAGCCAAGUUGCACUUCCACCUGCCAGACUCCCCUGACCCCCUGCAGGCCUACAGAGACACACUCUACCUCUCACAGGUGAUGCAGGCCCAGUGUGUGAAGAUGCAGACAGAGUUCUACCGACGCAGCCGUAGUGAGAUCAUCAACGGACAAGGCAACACCAUGGGCGCCCUCUACUGGCAGCUCAAUGAUAUCUGGCAGGGCCCCUCCUGGUCUUCAGUAGAGUUUGGUGGGAAGUGGAAGAUGCUGCACUACUUUGCCCAGGACUUCUUUGCCCCCGUCUUGCCUGUGGGGUUCCAGGACCAGGGCGUUCUUCUCAUAUACGCCGUGUCAGAUCUGAGCACUGACCUCACGCUCAGAGCUGUGGUCACAGUGUACCGGUGGAGCAGCUUUGAGCCGGUGUGCACUCUGGCCUCCAGGGCGGCGCUGGUGCGCGGGGGGAGCGCCCUCCCUCUGUAUAAGCAGCCUGUGGACGCCCUGCUGGCAGGCUGCGGGAACUGCACCAGGCUGACCUGCGUCCUGACCUUCCACCUGGAGGACGCGGGCAGCCAGCGCGGCCCAACCAACCACCUCUUCCUGAGCUCUCCCAGGGAGGCACAGGGCCUGCGGAGACCCAGCAUCACAACCAAAGUGGAGCAGGAUGGAGAGAGCUACUCGGCCACCCUCCACACCUCUGCCAUCGCACCUUUCCUGUGGCUGGAUGUUGGGGACAUCCCAGGACGCUUUGACUCCAAUGGCUUCCUCAUGGUAACCAAGAAUCGGACAGUGCACUUCUACCCCUGGGGUCCCACCAGUGUCACCCAGCUGUCUAAAGCCCUGCAGGUCACCUCAUUGAGGGGUCUAUACUAAGAAGCGCAGCACUGGGUAAAAACGAAGCAGACUAGCAGUAGUGUUAUCUGCGUUUGAAAACAAUUUAAAAAUAUACAAUGCAUGUGGAGUAGUGUGGUGGACCAGUGAAUAGCCAUGCCGAAGCAAGCCUGUGUGCUGUUUAGUUUGUGGCACCAGAUGGUCUUUCUGCCACAGAAUUUGCACGGCCUUCGCAGUGGUUUGCUAUGAUUGGUGGGCUAAGGCACACAAGCUGGGAAGCAGCAGUAGGUGGAAGUUUAUUCAGGGGGGUGCCGUUUGUCCUUAAUGAAUGUAAAAUAUAUUUCUAUUGCCUAAGCAACAACAAAUGCACUUUAUCAUUUUCAGAAUUUUAUUAUAAAAGUAUCACAAUCGUGCCAAUUAAAGCAAACACAACAAAGUAUGUUGCGCUUUUGCCAUUGCCUAAAUGUAUAUACAUAACUAAUUUCAGAGCACAGGCAUACAUGUGCUAGCCUGGUAGAUUAUAGUGCAGGGCAGCAACAGCAACAAGUAGUUAAGUGCUGAAAUCGUUAUAUAAAAAAAAAAACAUGGGGGUGAAUGUCAAUUUCAUAU